CGAGCAACGUUCGCUCGUGCUGCAUGAGUGAUGCGCCGCGGAGGCGGGAGCAACAGACAAACUCGUCUCGAGAGCGAAGGAGCUGUUCAAGUUAUGCUAUACUAAGCAGCCGGCGAUGCGACAAAUGCCGGCGCGGAGGCGAAUACCUACCGACCGGCACCUUUCGAUAUCAUCAGUCUGCGCGCGAACAAUAGAGCAGACCCGGUCUGUCCUAGACAGGCGCAUAACCGUUGAAGAUGCCAGCGACACGGCCGCGGGCCUCGUUCGAGCCCAUAUCACCACUCUUCGACCUUCACCAACUGGUCGAGCAGACGCCGAACUUCAGUUUCGUGGACCGUAUCUCUUGCGACAUGAUUGACCAGCAGGGUCUUGCUGCCUUCGAGAAACUUGUCAUGCUUCAUGUCGUAGUCGGCGGAAAACCUCUGGUCAUUGACGGUUACGAUGAUCGCUUGGAUCCAUGGACGUUCUCGCCGAGAUGGCUGCGCGACAAUUGCGGCGAGAAGGUAGAGAAUGCACGUGUUCUGAGCUCUCAGCAGAACCUGCCGCUGACUAUGGCUCACUACCUGAACAACAUGAGCCUGCUUACAAACCAAUUCUUCGAACGGGAAGGCGCAUACCGAGACAAGAACAAGCAGCGAGUCUACCUGAAAGAUAUCGAUUGCCCAGGAGUGUGGCAGGACAAGCUAAAGGAGCAGAUACCGAGUCUGUUGUUUUACCUCAACGACACUACUGGUGAGGUCGCGGGACCCGGUGCGCUUGCCGAUGCGACAGGCAAGCUUGGAAAGGGUAUCGCAAGAGCCGGAGAUUUGAUGAGCUCGCUUCCGCCCGACAUGCGAGCCGAGAACUUGAUGUGCUACAUUGGUCAUGAGGGUACAUACACCCCUGCGCACCGUGAGAUGUGUGCCUCGCUUGGUCACAACAUCAUGGUCGAAGCUUCAGGUACGGUCUCGGAAGACGGCAAGGCGGAGAAGCCAGGCUCCUCUAUCUGGUUCCUGACGGAAUCAAAAGAGCGUCACGUGGUGUCCGAAUAUUGGUUGAGUGUACUCGGUCACGACAUUGAAGUGGAGAACCAUUUCGCACAGGUUGUGGCUUGGAAGAAAGCGCCAUUCAAUGUGCAUGUCGUUGAGCAGAAGCCGGGUGACUUCAUCCUGAUACCACCACUUGCGCCACAUCAGGUCUGGAAUCGGGGCACGCGAACGAUGAAGGUUGCUUGGAAUCGAACGACUGCCGAGACACUUGAGAUGGCGCUUGGCGAAGCCCUUCCACGCAGCCGCAUCGUCUGUCGCGACGAGCAAUACAAGAACAAAGCUAUUGUCUACUAUACGCUUCAAAAAUAUAGCGGCCUGCUCCAGCUUGUGCAACAACAGACUGUGCGCAUGCUGACGGAGCAAGUGCAACAGCUCCUGUACUCCGACAAGAUAAAGCAGUUGCGCAAGGACUUCAAGAAGCUGUUCAACCUGUACAAGCAAAUACUUUUAUCCGAGAUGUUCCGACCUGAUGAUCGUGACGCGCCACGAAACAUAGAGUACCUACCCUUUGACAGCAACGUAACUUGCGCAUAUUGUCGCGGCAACAUCUUCAAUCGUUUCUUGAGCUGCUCAUCAUGUAAGGAUUUGCUGGGUCACGAUGCUGAUGGAGGCGACGGCGACCCGUAUGAUGUUUGUAUGGACUGCUAUGCGAUGGGCAGGUCGUGCGCUUGCUUAAGCAACUUCAAGUGGGUCGAGCAAUUCAAGUGGAAGGAGCUACAAGCGAAGUACGAGGGAUGGCGGAAACUAAUUAUUGCGCUUGACGGAGGACAAAUCACUGACAAGACGCCCUUGACACUCGUGGAGGAGCGGAAGCGGUAUGGCAGAAAAACGCUGGCGGAAGUGUGUAAGGAGCAACUCAAGCGCCGUCCGUGGAAGGAUGUGCACAAGCCGAAAGAUGAGCCGAAGGAGGACGAGAGCGAAGAAGAAGAGAUCGUGGUUGGUGACGACGGGACUGUAAAGAAGAUCACGAAGAAGAUGUCGAAGACCUUCCUCAAGAACAACCUACCCUGCCAUGUCUGCUGCAAGAGACACCCAAUCUGGAAAAUGGCAUUCUGCACGACGUGCGACAAAGGCUGGUGUUACGGGAGCUUGUUCCGUGGCUGGGACAAGAUGCCGAUGGAUAUUAUGGAGGACCCAGACUGGCAGUGUCCGCAUUGUCUUGCUAUCUGCUUUGCUGGUAACUGCAGAAGGGAAGGCAAAAUGCAGCCGUAUGAGCCUAAAGGCACGCUACUUGGCCACGACACGCGGAAGGUGGCGGAUGCUCGUAGCAUUGAAGCGUUGGUCGACUUCAGCAUUAGCAAUCUGAACUGGCUGAAGGACGAUGACGCUGUGGAUCGAACUCAGUCCAAUCGGGUGAAGCGCGCAAAGGCUGAAGCACAGAAAGCCAAGGAGAGCGACCCGGCGCUGGAUGAGGAUGAGGGCGUUGAGCAAACCCAGGUUGACUAUGAAUAUUCGCCGCAUGGUCAUGUGUUGAUUGACCCAGAGCUCGAUCAUGAUGGCAACCCUACGAACGGGCGGCAUCACGACGAGGACGAGGAAGCCUACCUUAUGCGCAGGCUUCAGCAAGCAAAUUCUGCCCUUCCGCCACCGGCAGCCAUGGUCGCUGGAACUCCAGCUACUGACGUGGCGGAUGGGUAUGUACCCGUCGCCCCUCCAGCCACCAUGUACCCUCAACCUGAUGCGGGCACUUCGUACUCGUACCCAGGGCAUGCGGAAGUGAGUAGUGUAGCCGCUGCAUAUAGUGACAACGAGAUCGGUGGUCUCCGACCGUUUAACAAACGCCGGCGACUAGACAAUGAGGACGAGGAUUACGAUGACAUUAACAUGCAGAAGCAUCCAAAAACGAAGAAGCCGCGCAUGUCGGCAGCCGGCUUUAAAUCUGCAGAUCUGGCUGACGAGACCGCAGCGUCGAGAGCCAAGACCGGGACACAAAGACAAUUUCAAAAGGAGAAGGAGCGGAAGGCUCUGGACAAAGCCAAGGGUGAAGGUCGCUUCAUUAUGCUUCAAGCUGCGCUACGCGGCAAGAAGCGUAUCGUGAGGCUCAAAGUCCCAGGUCCUCGCCUUGCUGAGGCCCUCGCACGCGAGGCGGUCAGAGCGGCCCAGAACGUUAGCGAAGAGGCAGACGCCGAGCAUGAGGUCGAAGAAGGCGCGGCGCAGGAGCGGAACGACUUGGAUGAUGCAAAUGCACUCUUGAAGAGCGAUGUGGCUCCCAAGAAGCGCCAUGAUCCGAAGCAGUACCACCGGAUGCGGGAGGAGGAAGGGUAUGUCGUAACAGGCAAUACCAGGAAAGCAAUGGUGCCAGUGGAGAAGGACGACAACUACGGAUUUGUGCCCCGAGAGAGGCUGCCUUGUGGCAAGCGAGUCGCCGUCUCCGAAAGGAAACGCAAGUCAAGGCAGAGUAUGAGAACGUACGAGGAGGUGGACAUCGGCUCAGACGGCGAGGCGGAAGAUGGCGAGUUUGCAACUACUUACCCGCCUGCCGCUACACGUGAAAGACGUGCUCUGCCAAGCUAUUUGCAGAACCGGCAUGCAGACGAAGAUAACCUCCCGGCCAAGCUGCCCCAUGACCGCAAGGACGGAAGAAGUCGUCCACGCGGACGCCCGAGCGUGACGCUGGUGCCAAACGACGAUGCUCUAGGUCAUGCACCACCGAAGCUGCCAGGUGAGCGACCGCCUAACAAGCUGCUGCGCAUGGGUUCUGUCACAGGCGACUUCCGUGCCAUGAUCGAGGCUCCGGACGAGGAUGAAGCGAACAAUAUGCGCGACGCUGCCGCAGAUGGAUCUUCGAUGGGCAAUGUUGACGCGUACGCGGUUAAUCGCGGGGCCAUUGCCAACACACCCAAGCAGCCACCAGCGGCGGCAUCCCGUCUAACCAGCAGUGCUAGGCCGCGUGGCAGACCAACUACGAAGCAAGCACCAACGGCUGUCCCAGCGCAGCGGUUACGCGAAGAGCAAAACCGGUUAGCCAAGCUUCACGCGCUUGAGCUUGUUACCGGGCAGCUUGGCAGCGGAGGGCCUGGAAGCACUGGUGUGAGUGGUGGAACGAAUGGCUACGCAGCGAACCCUGUCAAUAUGGCAGACGUGCUGUCUGACGAUGACGACGAAGACGACAAUGGCGUUGACAGUGUGCCCGCGAGAGGGCCAGCUGCAAUGCAGGUAUAAGCCGGGCCUAACAUAAUCACCUCGAUCAAGGCCUUGCAAACUGACCUUUUGGAACUGGUCGGGUAUACAGUAUGCAUGCUGGCAGGCUGACCGCAGAAGGACUUCAGAGCUGUUCCAUGACGUGUACAUGACGAGGAGGUGGUAGUAAGCUGCAGUACUUUUAGCAGGGCGUUCAGUAAUUCACCCGGGGCGGUUGUAAAGUGUAGGAGGAUAGCUCCCUCAGCGUGCUAAUGGCACGUUUUUGUGAGCCGUUAACUCUGUUUCUUGUAACUACCAAACACCGACCUUGCUCCCCACCCGGU